CUCCUCAGGACUUCAUUUGGUGCUGCUGCUGAAAUCUGGACAUGGAACUGAAAUCGAAGAGCAAACUUGUGGACGUUUUCCUCGGAUGCAUCGUUUCCAUCUGCUUUUCUACAGUUUGUUUGGCUCAGAGGCUCUGCACCGUCCCUCCUGGACCAAUAACAAUCCCAGAAAACAGCACAGCAGACAUCCAGGUGGUAAAAAUCAUCUCCAGCAGCGAUGUGAGCCUGACAGUCACAGUGAACCCAGAAGAUCUGUUCUACAUUAAAGGGAACAUCCUGAUGGUAAAGAAAGGCCUAGAUUAUGAGUCAUUGCCCAGUGUGACUCUGAUGGUGUGGGUGCAGUGCAGCAAAGAUGACUUUCCAUCUGUGAGCGAGUCUGUUGAGAUUUUGGUUGAAAAUGUCAACGAUAACCCUCCAAAUUUUGCACAAAACCACUAUGUGCUGGAGGUGAAUGAGCUUACUCCCAUCAACUCAAGUAUUGGACUGAUAGAAGCAACGGAUGUUGAUUCAGAGCCGCUGUACUAUCGCUUAGAGCCUGCAACGGAGAAAUAUUUCCGGCUGGAGAACAUAAACACACCAAGGAUACUUGUUAAACGCAUCCUGGACUAUGAUGUUGUACAGAAGAUCUCUCUGGUGUUACAUGUACAGGACACGUUUGAUGGUUCUGCCUCCAAUGAACCGUUCUUCACAUCCGUGGCCACCGUUACGGUGCAUGUGAAGGACGUGGACAACCGGCCCCCAUGGUUCCAGCCAUGUCUGAGGACAAGCUUAGGAAAUGCCAAACUGUGUGUGGGCACUGGCUACAAAGGAAAAGUAAACCUCACUGAGAAGGAGGAAGGACCCCUGGUGUUGGAGCCCGGACCAGUGUUUGCAAAAGAUGGUGACAGAAACCGGAGUGAGCAGAUCAGCUACAGAAUACUACGAGGAAAUGAAGGAAAUAUAUUUCAGAUCGAUGAGGAAACAGGGAACAUCACAAUGAUCAAAGCUGCUGAUAUAAUUGGUCCAAUAACCCUCACUGUUCUGGCUUCACAGGUGACCAACAGAGACCAGUUUGCAGUGACACAGGUCACCAUCGAAGUGAUGAAGAAGAGCAGGAACCCUCCUCGCUUUGAGAAAGAGCGAUAUGAAGGGUUCAUCUACAGCAAUUCUGUUCCAGAGAGCAUGAUCCUUAGAGACCGAAGCACCAACCGACCCUUCAGGGUCCGAGCCCGUGACGAGGACUUCGCCAGUGGUGUGAACCCAGAUAUGAAAUACGAGGUCCAGUACAGCAGCUACGUCAAUGUGACCUCUGAUGGUUUUGUGAUCCUGAAGAGAGUUGUGAAGACUGAAUCCUUCGCGCUUCAGCUCCGAGCAGUGGAUCCAUCAACAGGCGAGUUUGGAACUGCAGCGCUCUCUGUUCAGGUCAUACCUGCCGUUGCCAUCCCAUCCCCUUCGAGUGUCGGCUACCGUGCAGGUGACAUGGCACUCCUGGGCCUGAUCAUGGCAGCUCUACUGGUCCUUUGCCUCAUUGUAAUUGGCUUCUUGAUUUCCCGCUUGUGGAAGGGAAACGCCAGCAUGGAGAAAAUAUGUGAGUGCCUGGGGCCCUGCCUGCAGACUGAGCAGCCGCGGACUGGCCACAGAGACUCCCUGCAGUACACCAACGAUGGCUUCCAGAACGAGGGCGAUGCGAGCCGUGGGGGGUCCAGACGCUGGAACAACGCCUUCCCCAGACGCAGCACCUUCCCUCAGCCCAGGAGCAGGAUCCUUCCCCUGGACAAGCGGGGCCACCCCUGCUCCACCUGUGGCAUCUACACCAACCACGUCCCUAAGGGCAGCCCCUCAUUGAGACCCACCAGGAGGAGUCGAGGAGAUGGGGACGAGUACGGCAUGAGGUCCAUCCUGUCAAAACAGCGUAGGAGGGAAGGUCAGAAAACAGUGUGGUUCAAGGAAAGCGAGGACUCCUCAGACAUUGAGGUGGAGAUUAUUCCAGACACUGUGGGCCGGGUGGAGGAGGAGACUGAGGAGGAACUGGAGGUGGAGAUGGAAGGUGUUGUCAGAGACCCGGCUGCCCCGUUGAGAGAGCCUGAGUCUGGGCAGGAGAGUAAAAGCACAGAGUCUGGUGAGGAACAGGACCCUGGCGAUAUAAACUCAGAGCAACGGAAGGGGGAACAGGAGGAGGAGCGCUGACAGCAGCGGUCAGAGGUCAGACUGAGCAGAAUCCUGCUGGUUUUAUUGUCACUUUGUGGAUACUGCAUCCUUCAGGAGAGGCCUCAGCAGUCCAGGAAGACUCUUCCAGUGUCUCUGAACAGCUGCAAAACCUCAAGAACAGAUCCAAGGAUCUAAAAAUUAUUUAUCUGCUACUGUGAGUAUUUUGGAGAACAGUUGAAUUGGUGUAGAUAUUUUCUAAAAUGUAAUGAAAACAAAACAAAGUCCAAAUAGAUGUGAUUUUCAGUGUCUUUACUGACCAUCUUCACUGUCUUUGGGAAAUAUAAAUGCAUUUAGAAAUAGAUUCAGCAACACGUUUCAAAAACAGGAGGGCAAUAAAGACAGAAAUGUUAAUAGAAUAUACUAGUUGCAUAAUUUAAGAAGAUUAUAUAAUCAGAAGGUUAUUUGGUGACUGGUGAGGGUACCAGCAUUGGGUAUAAAAGCAGCAUCCAUCUUUCCAACCAAGAGUGGGUAGAGAUUUUUAUUCAAACUAUCAAAAAACUCAUAAAUAAAUAAAAUAAUAAAAAAAAAUUAUCAACAAUUUUUGAAUGAAAGAUGGUAAAGAACCUUGGCUUUUUUUAUAUCUACAGAGCAGAAAAUGGUGUAAGAGUGCAUUAAGACCAACCCCAGAAACCACUUUUGGAUGGUUGUGACCUUCAAGCCCCCAGCUUUAACAUAUAGAACUCUGUAUGGUCAAACCCCAUAUUAUAUCAUUGAACUUUUGCAGUCACAUGUCCAAAUGAGAUCUCAGAGGUCAUGUGAUCGGGGACUGCUAGCAGUGAAGCUUACCCGGAUAAAAAUCAAAGAGGACAAAGCUUUUGCAGCAGUGGCCCCUACUCUCUGGAACUCCUUCCUUCUAGAUCCAAUAUCUGUGGACUCAGUGAUAUCUUUUUAAAAGCAGCUAAAAACUUACCUUUUAAACUUGCUUUUGUCUAAACUUUUAUUUUUAGGCUUUUUUUUGUGUUUGUUUUAUUUUAUUAUGAAGCACUUUGUGAUUUUUAUCUUGAAAUUUGCUAUAUAAAUAAAAGUUCACAUACACACACAUUGGCUCAGGAGGACCUUGGAGAACCUGCCCACAGUCCAGUUAAAAGCAGGAUUAGUGUCCUAGCAGGGUAAUUUUGGGUUCAUCUCUGUAUUAUCAAUAUUUUGAAGCUGGUUCAGUUUUUACCAGGAGGUAUAACCAUGGCAACUUAUCAUGAAAACCUAACCUGCUUGAAUUAAGCAAGAAUAGAUACAGAAUCCUCUGAAAAUAUGCAACAAUUAGUAUUAGUCAUUAAAAGCAAACUGGUGGAACACAAUGUUUAACAUGACUAUCGCAAUUUAUUGUUACUGGCAUCAAAUCUUACAUUUGUUUCUAUUCUUUAAAUAUAAUAAAGUUGGUUAGUACAUGACUGAAAUCAUUUUAUUGUAAUUGUUAAAAAGAUUAGGCUUCAUUGCAUUUUUGUACAAGUCUUCUGGAAAAUUUUACAUAAAUACUGAGAUAAUUUAUUUUUUACUUUAAAUCUUUACUUUUCAACUUAAUUUUAAACUCGAAGUAAUUUCUGAAACUGCAGCAUCAUCCCCACAUCAGCAGUUAAUAUUUCACAUGUAUUUUAUUUUUUAGGUUUUUUUAUUUCUUAAUGUUUAAUUUAGAAAAAUGUAAAACCAUAGCAGCUGAGGUCAAAAUAUCAUGACUUGCAGACUGAUGUGUGAAAAUCGAUCUGUUGAACUGGUAAAAUGUUUUGUUUUAAACUUGUAAAAAUGUGAUGUAAUGACUGAGAUGUUUUAUUUCCACAUUUCUCCCCACUUCUCCCAAGCUUCUAGAAGCUCCCAGUAUUUUCAGAAACAAAGUGUGGUGUGACAUUUAUAACAAGUUUUUGACAAGUUUUAGACUCAGGCCCUAACAUUUGACCCAGUGUUGUGAAUCUCAAUGGCCACUUUAUUAGGUCUACCUUGCAAGUACCGGGCUAGCCUUUUUCCUUUAGAAAAACCUUAAUUCUUGGUGUCAUAGACUGAACAAGGUGGUGGAAACAUUUUUCAGAGGUUUUCUCCACAUUGACAUGAC